AUGAGUUCACCCAUAAGCAUUACGCCAAAAUUUGUGCAACAAGUUCAAUUUCUUCCGUCUAAUAAAGAUCUAUAUUCUUGUCUCUUAGUUAAUAAACAUUGGGCCACUUGUGCCGUUCCAAUUUUAUGGGAAGCACCCUUCAGAAUUAAUAAUGGGCAUAUUCUAUCUUACAAAAUGAUCCAAACUUAUCUUGCAUUUAUACCGGAUAGUACUUUUCGCAAAUUAGGAUAUAAUAGAAGAAUUGGGUUGUCGAAUAAUAGACCUCUUUUUUUUAACUAUCCAUCAUUUCUUAAAGAGUUUUCAUUUGAUCAAUUCCUUAAUUCAGCUAUAGCAAACAAUUGCUGCAAAGAUAUUAUUAUUGAAUUAUUUAAAAUACUUGUUAUGAACGAUGUAAAAUUAUGCCGAAUUGAUAUCUAUAACCAUAACUGUUUUAAUCAUUAUUCUGAAAAUCUAAAUAAGAUAGGAUAUUUGCUAUCAAUGCCAAUGCAAAAAGCACAACUUUUUAAUGCAAUAGCAAAGGAUUGUCAUAAUAUCAAAAUCCUUAAAAUCAGUAUUUAUGAUAAAAAUGAAGGAAUAGCUUUAGAGGGUCUAAUCCGUUCUCAAAGGAAUUUAAAAAAGUUCACACUGAUAAACAGUAAUAUUUUUGCAUCAUUUCCUAUCCAAGCUCUUGUGAAUCAAAAACACUCACUUGACAGUUUAGCACUUGAAGAUAUGCAUGACAACCGUGACUUCUUAAGCAAGAAAUUUUUUAAUUAUACUAUUUGUCAAUUAAAUAGCAGUGCUAUCAAUGCACUGGCUCAGUGUACAAAAAUCAGCAAAAUUAAGUUUAAGCAUUGUGAAGGGAUCAAUUCUUCUGUAUUUCUUCCUCUUGCCAUUGCUUUUCCUAACUUAACGUCAUUAGAAUAUACUUAUGCGCAACCCCUAUUAGAUUAUUAUCUGGACUCAUUAUGUACAAGUUGCAAUACACUUAAAAGGAUUGUAUUUGACUGGCAUUUGGAAGCUCAUCUUGAUAUUACUCAACUUGUUGAAAUUAUUUCACAGCAAAGGAAUAAAUCCACAUAG